AUGGUCCUCCUUAAGGUAAAGUUCCCCUUCCAGAGGAGGGUUAAGGUCGCCCAGGGUCUCUGGCUUUUUUCCUGGCUGGCGACAGUUUCAGGUGCUCUCAUUUUUACCCUUGGGAUUUUUCUCAAAUCAGAAUUAAGGAAAAGAAGUGAAGUGAUGGACAACACAGAGAUCCAUGCUGUACCCAACACACUCAUCAUUGUGGGUUUGGCUUCUGUAGUUAUCAAUUUUUUUGCAGGCCGUAUCUGCCAGGACUCCUUGGAUGUGGCUCGUUUUCCCCGCUGGCGUGGUUUUAUUGUACCCUACUUUGCUGGGGCUGCUUUAUUUGCACUGCUCAUGCUUGUGGCUGUGAUCAUGAGUUAUGCAAUGAAAGGCAAUCUUGAAGAGUCUCUGAAGAUAGGACUGAAAAAUGGUAUCCGUUUCUACAAGGACACAGACACACCAGGUCGUUGUUUCCAGAAGCAAACCAUUGAUCUGCUGCAGAUUGAGUUUCAGUGCUGUGGCAAUACAAAUUUCAAGGACUGGUUUGAAGUGCAGUGGAUCAGCAACCGUUACCUGGACUACAGCUGUAAGGAAGUUAAGGACCGUAUCAAGAGUAAUGUAGAUGGGAGAUACCUUGUGGAUGGAGUCCCCUUCAGCUGCUGCAAUCCCAGCUCCCCAAGACCCUGCAUUCAACACCAGAUGACCAAUAACUCUGCCCACUACAACUACGAUUAUACAACAGAGGAGCUGAAUGUGUUCCGACGUGGCUGUCGUGAGGCACUAGUCAGCUACUACAUGGGCCUCAUGAACACGAUUGGGGUUUUGGUGCUACUGUUCUUCUUAAUUCAGAUGGGUGUACUUGUCAGCCUUCGUUAUCUUCAGACAGCCAUGGAUGGUGUCGUUGGCCAAGAGAACACCGAGUGUGAGACCGAGGGUUAUAUUUUGGAGAAAGGGGUGAAGGAAACAAUUAAACUUACAAUCCAGAAAAUUGCUAAGAUCUUUCAACCCAAUCAAGUGCAAAAUGAGCAAGCAGAAAGUGCACCAGGAACUGCUGGGUAGGCUUCUGUUAGCUAAAUUAUCCUCAUUCAGACUUCAGUUUCCAUGUAAACCUUCAUUCCAUGUCAACAAACCCUAGAUGAUAGAACAGAUUCUGUCUACUGAAGAUGGACUCUGUUGACUAACAAUGAUCAGAUUGUGUACCCAUCUGUCUCUGAUUUAGCCUGAAAAGCUAUCAUAUAAAACUAACGUAGCACAAAGGAAAACAAACACCCCUUGCUUCAUCCUUACCCAUCACUUUCAUCCAAAUCUGGGAAUUACUAACUGUAGGCCCUUCUGCAUUGAUCAAGUUGAAAAGAGUUAAGAAUAUUUCCUCUCCUUUGUUUUCUGCUUUCUGUCUUCCUGCUUCUGUACAUAAAUCCUCAGCCAUCACAGUCUUGUUUUAGUUUGUAUAACUUUUUCCAGGAAUGUAAAUCUAUAUUC